AUGUCAGAGGGCUCUGUGGCCGCUGGCUCCUUCGUGGCAGCGGACUACGCCGUGUUCGCUGUCAUGCUCCUGGUGUCCGCCGCCGUCGGGGUCUACUUCGCCUGGAUGGACAGGGGACAGGCAAGCUUGGGGGACUUCCUGAUGGGGGGCCGAAGACUGACGGCCCUGCCCGUCUCCCUGUCCCUGACCGCCAGCUUCAUGUCAGCCAUCACAGUGCUGUCCAACCCAGCCGAGGUAUACCGCUACGGAGCCAGUAUCGGAUUUUAUGGUCUUUCCUACAUGAUGACGAUGGUGGUCACAUCUGAGAUCUUUCUCCCAGUCUUUUACAGACUGGCCAUCACCAGCACGUAUGAGUAUCUGGAGCUGCGCUUCAGCAGAGCAACCCGUCUGCUGGGAACCAUGCUCUUUAUUGUUCAGACGAUGCUGUACACUGGAAUAGUUAUUUACGUCCCAGCUCUUGCUUUAAACCAAGUAACCGGGAUGGAUCUGUGGGGGGCCAUUAUCUCCACAGGCGUGGUCUGCACCUUUUACUGCACGAUGGGUGGUCUGAGGGCGGUGGUGUGGACGGACGUGUUUCAGCUUGGUGUCAUGCUUGCAGGCUUCCUGUCGGUCAUCAUCAGGUCUGUAAUCGUUCAAGGUGGAGUCCUCCCCGUCAUUUCAGACGCACAACAAGGAGGGAGACUCAACUUUGGGGACUUUGAUACAAACCCUCUGAGGAGACACACAUUUUGGACCAUAACCAUUGGGGGGACAUUCAUCUGGGUCAGUAUCUACGGGAUCAACCAGGCCCAGGUUCAGAGAUACAUCUCCUGCAAGAGCAUCACUCAUGCCAGACUAUCUCUGUACAUCAACCUGGUAGGCAUGUGUGCCAUCUUGCUGUGCUCGGUGUUUGCAGGCAUGUGCCUCUUCUCAGUCUAUAAGGAGUGUGACCCGUGGACCGCCGGGCUGGUCUCUGCUCCGGACCAGUUGAUGCCAUAUUUAGUGAUGGACAUCUUGGGAGACUAUCCUGGCCUCCCUGGACUGUUCGUUGCAGCCGCAUACAGUGGAUCUCUCAGCACAGUGUCUUCCAGCAUCAACGCGCUGGCAGCGGUGACAGUGGAGGACCUGAUCAAACCGUACACCAACAUGUCUGAGAGACACCUGUCCAGGACCUCAAAGGGACUGAGUCUCCUGUACGGGGUGUUGUGCAUUGGGAUGGCCGGACUGGCUUCACUCAUGGGAGGGAUCUUGCAGGCAACUGUCAGUAUAUUUGGGAUCAUUGGAGGUCCUCUGCUUGGCGUGUUUACGUUGGGUAUCCUGUGUCCAUUUGCAAACUCCAAAGGGGCUUUGUCAGGUCUGGUGUCAGGGUUGGUGGUGUCUCUGUGGGUGGGCAUCGGGGCCCAGAUAUAUCCCCCCCCACACGAGAUGAGCCGACCUCUGUCACUGACCACUGAGGGCUGUAACUUCACCGCCACGGGCAGCCUCAACUGGACCUCCACUGCUCUGCCGACACAGACAGCCUCCAUCACCACAGGCCCGGCACACCACCUCGAUGACGGGCCUCCGCUGGCGGACAGCUGGUACUCUCUGUCUUACCUUUACUUCAGUCCUAUUGGCACCAUCGUCGCUGUCAGUGUGGGACUGGUCGUCAGCCUGCUUACAGGAGGCUGGAAGCUGAAGGUGGAGUCCAGGCUUACAUUAAUGAAAGAAGACACGACUCUAUAUCACCUAUUCAAGUUUUUUAAAGACCGAAUCACGAGACGGACGGGAGAGUUCGACCUGACCAGGGACAGAGGAGAGAAAUCUGGCAGCACUAACCCGGCUUUCUGUGAUGUUGAGCUGGACUUAAUGAAAGGCAGCGUUCCCACUUGAAAUGUGUGUGACAUGAUCGCUGGUCUUACACAGGAGAUGUCAACGAAAGAGCAGAAAUACAGAGGGGGAAAAAAAGUGUGUGACGUGUGUGUGUGUCCUCAAACAGUCCAAAGACGUGCGGCUCAGGUUCAUCGAAAUUGUUUGUUUGUAUGACUGCGAGUGUCUUUGUCUGUGUGUGCCGGCACAUGUCAAAUAUACAUAACGUGUGCUUAUUAAUGCUGAAAUACAGAACGUUUGAUUGUCUUAUAUGACAGUCGGUCAGAGGUCAGGUGGACAACAGUGAACACUGAUCUGAACCCCCCCCCUUUUAAAUGAGCUCAACGUGAACUCCCCUAAUAAAAAUCAUCAUUCUGGCAUUUGGAAACUAAAAUCUAUUUGAAGAAAAAAAUAUACUACGUGUAGAUAAUGGUUCCAUCGCCAGUGUGUGUUAUUUUUUUCUUUCUUUCUUGACUCUAAAUUAAAAUACUGUUAGGUUGAAGAUAAUUGGUACCAACUGUGUGUGUGUGUGUGUGUUGGGGGGGGGGGGGGGGGCC